AUGGCUGCUCAGAACUGUGGGAGCUCUCAGAAGUCAUCUCACCUCAUUCUCUAUUUCUCUGUGAGUGGAGGCUCCACCCCUGGUCCACUGAGCUAUGGAAAUUUGUUCAGACUAUGGGAAGAGAGAGAAAUCAAGACAGUUGGAAAUCCAAGAACAGGAGAGAAUGUGGGCACCCCUGUGCUCGCUGGGAUUUUGCUGACGUGGCCCCAAUCCCGCUUCCCUCCCCACCCUGCGAUGGCAGAAGAAACUCGACAGAGUAAAUUGGCCUUAGCCAAGAAAAAGUUAAAAGAAUAUUGGCAGAGAAACAGCCCUGGUGGUCCAGCAGGAGUGAAUAAGAACAGGAAAACAAAUGGCAGUAGCCCUGAGACAGCCACUUCUGGUGGUUGCCACUCAACUGGUGAUUCAGCAACGGGUAUCGACGGAGAGGGCCCUACGUCAUCUGCACCCCUCAAGGAUCUGGAGAGCCCGUCCCAAGAACUAGCAGCAGUCCUGGACUCAAGGCCGGUCAAGAUCAGUCUACUGAAGAACACCAUCAAAUCUUUGAAACAAGAGAAGAAACAAGUGGAACAUCAGCUGGAAGAAGAAAAGAAGGCAAACAAUGAGAAACAGAAAGCUGAAAGGAAGCUAGAGGUUCAAGUCCAGAGAUUGAAUAUACAGAAGGGGAAACUAAGUACGGACCUGUACCACAUGAAACGCUCUCUCAGAUACUUAGAAGAGGAGUCCAAGGAUCUGGCCGGCUGCCUGCAACAUUCAUUGCAGCAUGAAGGAGAGUUAGAGCGGGCUCUCUCUGCUAUCACCGCCACACAGAAGAAGGACAGAGAGAGUACCUUUAGUAACCACAGGAAAGCACAUAUGGAGUGGAAGUUAGAGUGGUCCAUACGGGAGCAGGCACUGCUGAAAGCACAGCUGACACAGAUGAAGGAUUCACUUAAACAAGUCCAGCUAGAGAGAGAUGAAUAUGCUCAACAUCUAAAAGGAGAGAGGGCCCGGUGGCAGGAGAGGAUGAGAAAAAUGUCGCAGGAGGUUUGCACCUUGAAGAAAGAGAAGAAGGAUGUUAUGCAUUGGGUAGAGAAGCUGGAGAGGAGUUUGUCCAAACUCAAAAACCAGACGGCUGAACCCCUGCCCCUGGAGCCCCCAGCAGUGCCCCCUGAGGAGGAGCUGCAGCACCUGAGGAAGGAACUAGAGAGAGUGUCAGCAGAGCUCCAGGCUCAGGUGGAAAACCAUCAGCACGUAAGUCUCCUGAACCAGGCACAAAAGGAGAGGCUUCAGGAGCAGGAGGAGAAGCUUCGGGAGCAGGAAGAGAGACUUCGUGAGCAGGAGGAGAGACUUCAGCAGCUGGCCGAGCCACAGAGCGGCGUCGAGGAGCUGAACAAUGAGAACAAGAGCACACUGCAGUUGGAGCAGCAAGUGGAGGAGCUACAGGAGAAGCUGGGCAAGGAACACCUGGAGGCUGCCAGCCAGCAGAAUCAACAGCUAACAGCCCAGCUGCGCCUCAUGGGUCUCCCUGAUGAAGGAGAUGGAGGAGGACAUCUGGACAGUGAGGAGGAGGAGGCACCUCAGCCCUUGCUGAGCGUCCCAGAGGACCUGGAGAGCUGGGAGGCCAUGAGUGGCCUUAUGGAUAUCCUGGAGGAGAAGGCGGACCUGAGUGAGCUGGUGAAGAAACAGGAACUGCGAUUCAUCCAGUACUGGGGGGAGAGAUGCCAUCAGAAUGUUCGUCAGCUUAUAAUAGAGGCAGGGGGCAGUGCCAAAGAUGCGGCAAUGGGAGGAGGACAUCAUCAGGCUGGUCCAGCACAGGGUGGAGAUGAAGGUGAAUCUGCUGGCGCUGCAGGAGAUGCUGUUACGGCUUGUAGGGAGUACAACAAACACAGCAAAUUCCUGGCCGCUGCCCAGAACCCUGCUAAUGAGCCCAGUCCAGGAGCCCCAGCCCCCCAGGAGCUUGUGGCUGCCGACCAGCAUGGUGAUCUUUGUGAAGUGAGUCUCACUGACAGCACCCAGCCUGCGCAAGGAGAGGCCAGGGAGGGGUCUCCCCAGGACAACCCUACUGCACAGCCCAUCGCGCAGGACCACCAGGAGCACCCAGGCUUGGGCAGCAACCACUGUGUGCCAUUCUUUUGCUGGGCUUGGCUGCCGAGAAGAAGGAGAUAAACAUCACCAUCAUCAAAGAGAUGGUCAAGAAAUUUUUAAAAAAGAAAGUUAUGGGGUUAAUCUCCUACACAAUCCAUUUAGUUCAUUUGAAUGUUAGAGCCACUCUUGAUUAUUUGUGUUUCUAAUUUGUAGUUUAAGUUUAUUUGUUAAAAGUUAAAAGAGAUUGGGUCUCUGUGGCUUUCACUGAGGUUCACUCUGGCAUCCUUUAGCAUUUUCUUUUUUAAUUUCAUAAUUGUAGGUCAUUAGCAUGUAUAUUGAGUUUGCCGUUACGUGGUGGGAGUUCAAACACACAAAGACCCACUGUUUGCACAAAACUAUUCUCGUUGGUUUGGAAUAGGCUGCCUUGCUUUUCUAAUGUUUUUGCAGCAUGUAUAUUCAUUACAGAAUUCAGAUAAAAUUUGCUUAUGUUCUGCUACUGUUUGAUCCAAUCUUAAUCACAGUGAGCUCUUCAUUAGCUCAAUAUGCGGUUUGCCCUCAAGUGUGCACUGUUGAUUACUUUGUAAUAUAUGCCACUGUGAGUACUGAUAUUUAGAGUUGUUUAAAGGCUGAGAACUAGAAACAGCCUUUCCCCCAUUUUCUGUGUACUGGUGAUGGGAGUAAUAACAUUGUGGGGGAGCUUUUUAAAUCUCGCAGAAGAGGACAGUGGCCUGCUCCGGCAGGUGUGUGCGGGAUAGAGUGUGUUUCAUUGGUUCCGGUGCCAAGAAUGAGCGCUGUACUACGGUAGUUCCCUUAGGAUUUGUGUGUGCUCUGGGCUCAUGAAGAUAUUGCAUCACGAGCUACAGCAGUUGUACUUUUUCCAUGACCUAAAAAGGGAUUAUUUCUGAGGAAUGAAAGGUUCACAUCGUUGACUGUGGAUGUGGAAAACCUUUCCUAGCUUAGAGCAUUGGUAUCUGGAAUACAUUUUAAAGUUAGAGUUCAUGUUACCUGUUUUAAUCACAUGACUAUAGCGCCCAGUACACAAAAGGGUGCUGGCUGGCAUUCUUCUUAAUGUAUUUAGUACAGAUCAUAAGAAAUCCUUUAAGAGUUUAAUGUCCCUGGGACAGGCAUACAGGCUCUAGUCAAGAAUGAAUUAGAGUGAAGAAAAGCUGUGUGACACCUGGCUUCCCUUUCUGUUCACGGAGCUUCUUUGAGGCUUGAAGACUGAUUUUACCAUCUAGACCUCUCUGGCUAAUACCUAUUCUUCAACCACCUUAGUUACUUUGACAUAGGAAUUUACUUCUUUUCGUUGAAUGGAAAACACUUUGAAAAAUAAUAACAAACAUUAUCAUAAACUAAUAUAUGCGGGAGUACUUAGUUGAAACAAAAAGGAGUUUUAGUAGACAGUAUUACAGUAUCUUCGAAAAUCAAGGAGAAGUUUAUGAAACUUAAAAUGUUUCGAAACUGCAGUGCAAUCUACUGUUUGUGAAUGUCAAUGUAUUAUCAGGAAACAUGUCUGUACAACCACAGAGUUGUAUUUCCUCACAAACCUCUUUACGAAGAGUGAAAUAUGUUUUUGUACCUCUUGGUUUCAGUUAGGGACGUAUUUUGUGCAAUAUUUAUGUGAUUGUGCCUAUGCAUGAUGAAUGAAUGAAUUUCAGUCACACAUUGCCUAAAUCAUAACUUGAUGAUGCUUGGAAAAGACUCAACAGUUAAAACCUCAUGAGGUUCUAAUGUCUGUGUUCCAAAACACAUCACAGUAUUAGGAUAUAGGGAGAUAUGUACGUGUGCUCCCUGGGGUGGGGAUUUCUAGUUACUAGACCAUCUCCAUUUUCAGCAUUUGGCAUCGUCAUGACACUUUUAUAAAUAUGACAUUAACAGGAGAGCAAAAUACGAUUUUACGAUGGAAUAACAGAUUUGCCUGCAUUCAUUGAAAGAGCGCAAAUAUCGGGUCCUUGUGACUUCAACUGACUCUUCCAAAUUGUAUGAAUGUAGCAAUGUAUUAGAUAAGCCCAGUUCCAGAAUAAUAAAGAAAAAAUGUUAGACCAAA